ACGCGAUAAGCUUGGCGAAGAAAGGGACAGCUCAACAGCCACAACGUUUUUUUUUUUUUUUUUUUUUUAAAGGAGGAGAUAUUGUGGAUAAACAAGGUAAAGACGUUGGCGGUGUAGCGGUACUUCUCGCGGUUUAAAGUCUGACACGUGUAUUAAACAUAAGGAUGCACUGAAUUUACAGAUGACUAAUGCUGGCACUAGAAGUACGAAGGUUCGGGAUUGCAGCUGGGCCGGCGCUAUGCCUGCUUUCGCGCGAACUUUGAACCAAGUCUUGGGAUGCUUCGCUUCUGUGCAGAAGGCCGUCCGUUCAAAUCCUGCGGUCAGCGGAGUGGUUUCACCAGUGAGCCCCUGAGCACAGUACCUGAUUAAUGAAUACAAUGUAAAAUGCACUCAAACAAGCUUGUUUGACUAUACAUUGGCAGACCAAUUCCAGGUACCCGGACAGGCUGCUUUCCUUAAUUGUCCUGCUGCAUUCUUAUUUGUUGUGAUUUUGCUUUUGUUUUAUUUUUGUGCAGUGAAAUGGGGAAAAGUGGCAUUUAUUUUUCUCCUUCUGGCAGCUGCAGCCUUUGGUUUAACCUGUAAUUCAGUGGGUGCACUGGAGCAAUCAUUCAUGAACCAGGUGCCUUAAAUCACAAUUAGCAAUCACUUAAUGAUUAACAAUUGAGAAUUUUCCAGAUUCUACUUUUUUCCUUGAGUGACAUUUCAGUGCAACUUGAGGCCCAGAAAUCUGCAUAUAUCCACUUUUUUUUUUUUUUUUUAUUUAAACCCAGUGCAUCCUUAGGAGUAGCCAUGUUAGUUUUUAAUGUUAAAAGAGUGAUUGUCUUAAGUAGAAAUGUGGGUUUCUUCACCUUCUGGUGCUUUAUUGUACUGAGGUAUUUGUAGUGUAUAAUAAUAGGGGUAAGUGUGACAGGCAGGUCCUACAACUCUGUUGUGUCGGCAUAUUGGCAAGGGGGACUCUUUUUGGGUCUGUUGAAAUGCAAUACAGGUGAGAAGAGGAAGUGUUGUCGCCUUAAACAUCCCACUCCUUCUGAAUUACGCAUUGUUUGUUGUCUUCAUUAUAGGCACGGUAAUGAUGCUGGAGGAGGAAAGCCGUAAUCCUGAUUAAAUUGUUAUUUAAACAUCAAUGUCACCUUCAAGAUCGUCGUUGUUUAGAUAGUAUCGUAAGUUUUUUAUGUAUAUUGCAGAAUAGGAGUUGUAUUAGCGAUUUGUCAGAAUCAUCUAAAAGCAAUUGUCCGUCUCUGGUUCUUUUUGUAAGCAUAUGGUUUGAAGUCUUUAAUCUGUAUCAAACGGUGCCGUGUUUCUCUUUUUAAAAGGGUAAUCAAAUAACGGAUAAUAAAGCUUUGCAAUUUUCUCCUUUAUAAAGCGUGAGUUACGCGACAUCUCGCACAGACUGGUCACCGACAAACACAAACUAAACCCAGAGAAAGAAACAUCGAGCCUGGGCGGAGCGAAGGCCGGCAGCCUGCGCAGCCCCGCAGACAAAUAUUUUGGCUGGAAUGUAAACGAGCAGUUGACGGUAUCUGCUGCAGACGGCCGCUACAGGAGCCGCUCCCCUGGACGGGACUGCUUCUCACAUGGUUCCCGUUAACUAGGAGCGACUCCCCCGACCGACACAAGACUCGAGUAAGUCCCACAUCCGAUGGCUUUAUGCGUUACGGACGGAAGAUCGGCGCCUAUUCUGCGUGCGUGUGCUUGUUUAUGACACGGGCUUGUAGAUUUAAGAGCUGUGUGUGUGUGUGUGUGUUUAUCUGAGAACUAGAUAUUUACCAUUUCUGCUGCUAGGACACCGAAGCUUUUGUUUCUUAAACAUUCGCGCUAAUGCCGAACGAGCAUGUCCGAAGAUUAUUGUUGGAUUUUUGUGUCACGCGCUAUGAACUUUAUUAAAAAAGAGAGAAAAAAAGUGGGGAAAUAUAUACACGAUCUGACCUUUUCACGUGUUAAUCUAGGGAAUAGGAUUCCAUCCUGAGAUGUGGCAAAAUGAAGUGAAAGUAUUUUGAAAUGAGCAUUACAUGAAACUGGAGUGGGUUAAGCUUUCUGGUGACUGAAGCUGCUCUUGUUCCGUUGUGAGAGACUGGCCUGUCCAGGUGUUCAAACCAAUGUCCUUGAUACAAAACAAGCACUUCCUGGGCAGGACUGCGUGCACCGUAUGCCAACCAAGACGCACCUGCUCUCCCGCUUGCCCUCCGUGUUAAACCCAGCCUGAGACUGAGAUGAACGGACUGGAUCAGUGGCCCGAGAAGGAUGUGACCACGUGGCUUAAGGAGCAGGGCUUGGUGGAGUACUCCAACCAGAACUGGAACGGAUACAAACUCCUGCGUCUCGAGAAAGUGGACUUCCUCAAACCUCCUCUGUCGCUCGUCACCUCCGAUGGUGGGCAACAGCUCCUGGACAUGAUCGAGACGCUGAAGAUCGAGCAUCAUAUCGAGGCUCACAAGAAUGGGCACGCCAACGGGCACGCUGUGCCGCUGGGCGGCAAGGCCAGGGGGAACGGCACCAUCAACGGCUUCCGCAAGGAGAUGGUGCAGAUUACCAUGCCGGAACCAGAGAGGACACAGUACCCUGUGGAAUGGGCCAAGACGGGCAUGGCCUUCGGGUACGCACUCUGCUGCUUCGUCUUCACCACGGUCAUGAUCUCGGUGGUCCAUGAACGUGUCCCUGCCAAGGAGAACACCCCUCCGCUGCCGGACAAGUUUUUUGACCUAUUUAACAGGGUCGAAUGGGCGUUCUCCAUCUGCGAGAUCAAUGGGAUGGUGCUGGUCGGCUUGUGGUUCCUGCAGUGGCUGCUCCUCAAACAUAAAUCCAUCGUCGGCCGGAGAUUCUUCUUCAUCGUCGGCACGCUCUACCUGUACAGGUGCAUCACCAUGUAUAUCACUACUUUACCCGUACCAGGAAUGCACUUCAAGUGUUCUCCUAAGCUGUUUGGGGACUGGGAAUCCCAGAUGCGGCGGGUGAUGAAGAUGAUUGCGGGCGGCGGGCUGUCCAUCACAGGCUCCCACACCAUGUGUGGGGACUAUCUAUACAGUGGCCACACUGUCAUGUUAACACUCACCUAUCUCUUUAUCAAAGAGUAUUCUCCUAAAAGAUUCUGGUGGUACCAUUGGAUCUGCUGGACUCUCAGUGUUGUGGGAAUUUUCUGCAUUCUUCUCGCGCAUGACCACUACACUGUGGAUGUAGUGGUAGCAUAUUACAUCACUACACGUCUGUUCUGGUGGUAUCACACCAUGGCCAAUCAGGAAGCGUUGAAAAAACCGUCGAUGGGCAACUUUUUCUCACGCGUCUGGUGGUACCGGUUCUUCCAGUACUUGGAGGAGAACGUACGUGGCAUCGUGCCCCGAAAGUACCAUCUGCCCAUCGCCUGGCACCAGCUGCCGUGGAGCCACGUGAAGUACAGCAGACUGGAAACGCAAUGACUGUCGCUCGGGACUGUUGUGCUCCAUCCCUCCCUACCCCCCCCCAGUUGGGAAUGGACUGGAAGAAAUUGCCAGAAGUGCUACAAUCUUACCACAAGAAUAUGCCCUAAUGUAGAGUUUUUUCCAGCUAUGUGCUUGGGAACCCCCAGGCAGUCCAGCUCCAGAAGGGAGAGAAGAUGUGGACAGUCUGGGGAUCCCUGAGGUCCGCUUUGGGAAACACCACGCCGAUGCACCUCUUAUCCCUCUGUUUUUUUUUUCUUUUUCUUUAAAACCCUCACCUUUUAAAAUCUGCCAGCACUGUGACUUUCUCUUUCCCUCCCCUAAACAUUAGUUUUUGGAUCAAAUCUGAGUACAUUCAGCACUACGUUUAAUCGAUGUUUUUGUUAUUUUAAUCAUUAGCAGGUGCUUCAUAGUAGACCUUUGCUUCCUGUUUUUUUUUUAAUUUUUUUAUUUUUUUUAUUUUCUUCUCCAAGUCUACAGAGAAUCAUCAUAGGCCCGUUCGCUGAGCCUAAAGCCAUUUACCCGCAUUUGAAGGUCUACUAUUUACACAGUGAAGUUAAGGAGAUAAUGUCAACCAGUCUGAAAGUGUUAUUGCAUAGUUUUUUUUUUUUUCCUGUUAAAAAUGAUUAGCAUUUUUGUAACUUCUCUAAAUGUGGCAAGAGAUGCAAAAAUUUUUCUAAAUAUCUCACAGGUUUAUUUUUCAAACUAAUGUUGUUAAAAUAAACUUUUAGAUUUUUACAUUUGAAACGAAGCUGACAAAUCUAAAGUGGUAUUUAAUGUUUUCUAGUGCCUUUCCUGUUGGUUGUACAGUCUGCUGAUAUAUUUAUGUUUGUGACAAUGUAAAGUGGUACAUAAUUGUCUUCGUUCAAUCCGUAGAAAGGGUGCCUCUUAAGGCCAUGACCCAAAGCUGUUUGUUUUUGUGACUUUUUUCCUUUUCAUUUUAUUUUUCAGAAGUUGUAAUUGGAGGAUGACAACCCCAAAAUCGGUCUAAUUGUCUGAAUGUAAAAUCGAUUUUAGCCUUAGAAAUGUCUCUCCAAGGUAAUUGAGUUCACAGGAACCAUCGCGGGUUCUGACAAACAUUUUUAUGCAUUUACUUUACAGGCAUUGAAGGAUACAAUGUAACACUCCCCGGGAGGGUAUAGUUUUGUUCUGUCUAUACCAUGUUUGUUCUGUCUAUACCAAAUAGCUGUAUGGCUUGGGCUCGCUCCACAUGAGGGUUUAAGCUCUGCACAACAGAAAGACCGUAACCGACCACGUCGCCGCUCGGAGUCGUCCGCACGGUGUCCCGCCUCGUCUCUGGCACCUGCACAUAUGCCAAAAAGAAUGUGAUCCCCAUCACCUCUCCAGCCUAUACCUCAGAACUCUUGUACACCAUUAUGCCAUCUGACGAGACAAGCUGCUAUUAGUGAUGUCACACUUGGUGGUGGGGGAGGGGGGG